AGCUGCGUGACCGUUAUCAAUUUAUGUUCUCAAAAGUCAUAUUCGUUCAAAGUUUUUCUCGUCAAGUCAUGCUUUCAGUGUCACAAAGUCAUUAGUUUUUUUUAUGUUUAUUCGUUUUAGUGUGGUGGCACUGAAAGCCCAUUCGUACAGUUCUCGUUGCUUGUUGCAUGUCCGUUAAUGUAAAACUCGUUUUUUUUGUUUUCUUUCACACGACCUCUGAGGUGCACGGUUGUUCGGUGUUUUUAAUAGUCAGUCGUCAGUAUUUAAUUCAUUUUAAAAUACAAUACAUAGACAUUUAAUUUCAUUCUCUAGUCAAUACAAUACAUUCAACAUUCAGUCAAUCAUUUUGUGUACAUCAUCUGUAAAUUGCCUUCUGUAAGUAUCGUUCAGUCAUUUGUUUUAGUUCAUUCAUUAAUAUUAUUCCCCAAUUCAGGGCGCUCAAAGAGAUACUUACAGAAGCACGUGAAUUUUUGCCAUUUGUGAUUUGCAUGUACACUGUGAUUUAUUCGUCUGAGCUGGUGGGCGGUGGCCCGUUAGUCGUACGUUCUCGGGAUUGUCACACAUUUAGUAUUAUAAUAUUGUAUUUUCUAUUGUUCAAAUGUGUGCAUCCUGAGACGGUAGCGUUUGGUUCGAAGCCGCUAACGGACACCAGUUCUAAAGAAUAUGUGGAACGUGGUUUGCUUCACUAUGGAUAACACAGUAGCUGCUGUGCCACAUUUCUGGGUUCGCAACAGUACUUGUGCAUGGCCAAAAAAAUCAGCCAAAAAGUUAAUUGAACGACGUGCAAAUCCAAAUCAAUUGGAAUUUGAUAACUUUGAUUGUAAAGUAUUGCAUUUUAAUAUAGGUAGCUUGUUGGAAGCUCGAUCUUUGGCCCAGGACAAUUCUGGAUUGUCGUCCAAUGACGAUUAUAAUGUUAUUGCAAAAAAAAGAACUCGAAAACCUAUAACUUACAAGACAAAAGAAACGCUCUUAAUUCCAAGUCCUCCUACUCAUAUUUCAGAAGAAUCUGAUGAUGGAGAUGAUUCAGAUAUAGAUAGAACAUACACUCCAGUACAAUUAAAUAAGUCCAAACUAUAUUCAGAUGAUGAAGAUAAUUUAUUUGAUGAUGAGAUUUCAAAUUCAAAAAUUGUGUCUAGUUACAAAUCACCAGUAAACUUACCAUACACACCAACAUCUGCGUUUGAAAUAUCAUCCAAUAAAAAAUUGAAACUAUACAAUAAUACCUCUGUUUCAACAACAAAUUCUGCAUCAUCGCCUGAUGUGUUAGUAGACAAAACAUCAAUUGACAAAAACCCUUUGGUUCCUUCUCAGACUGAACUUGAAAGUGAUCAAGCUUUUAAAACCAACAUAAGAAGAAGUCUGAUCACUAUGAAGUAUGAUAUUCAAAAUAUACACACGCGUAUGGAUGUUCUAGAAACUCUGCUUGAAAAAAUAGAUGGCAAGCUUUCAGUACAACCAAACAUUUUUACUUCAGAUAUUCAAGAAGAUAUUAUUAUCAUUGAUAAUGACGACAAUUUGCAAAAGGCAGAAAGUAAAUUCAUAAAUGAUGCCUUAUAUCGAUCUAAUGUGAUCAGAACAUUGUCUCGUUUUUCAAGUAACACUUUAGCAGAGACCAUCAGGAAAAUGAUGCAAAUGAUGUUCAAUGAUUACUUUUUGAUGAAAUAUUCCUUCAUCGGUUGUAAAGGAAAAAACCAGUUUUCAACAUUACAAUGUUGCUCUGUUAUAUUUGAAGCAGUACGUUCAAUCAAAAAAUACAGCGAUGUCGCCAAUUCAGAAAUAGAAAAACCCAUUAAAAAUUGGAUGGCCCAAGCCACACAAAGACAAAAAAACAAAAAAAACAAAAUGCCAACCGAAUUAUCAUAAAUAAUAUAGGGAGCGCGUAAAAACCUGGAAUGUUAAAAUCUGGACUUUAAAAUCUGGACCGUAGAAAUCUGGACUGUAAAAAGCUGGACAGUAGAAAUCUGGAAAUAAAAAAUUUGAAAUCCGUAAAAAUCUGGACCGGACAAAACUGGACCGUAAAAAUAUGGACAGUAGAAAUCUGGACUGUAAAAAUCUGGACAGUAGAAAUCUGGACUGUAAAAAUCUGGACAGUAGAAAUCUGGAAUUUUAAAAUUUGAAUUCCGUAGAAAUCUGGACCGGACAAAACUGGACCGUAAAAAUCUGGACAGCAUAACUAUAUAUUUUAAGGGGCAUUCAUACGCUAUA